AUGUCCGGCAUCGUCAACAAGAUCAAGGAGGCUGUCCACAGCGAUAGCAAGUCACACGGCUCUAGUGCCCCUGAAGGCACCCACGGCCCCCACGGCUCGCGCAUCGCUAACGCUGCCGACCCCCGGGUCGACUCGGACCUCGACAACCGUGGCUCAGGACGCACCGCCGGCCAGGGCGAGUACGGUUCGUCCGGCAUCGGCGGUGCUGGCCGCACUGCCGGUCAGUACGGCGAGUCUGGUACCGGUGAGUAUGGCAGCAGCACAACCGGUACCGGUGCGGGAGAGUACGGCACUAGCCGUACUGCGGGACAGACCACCGGCGAGUAUGGUAGCAGCACAACUGGUACUGGUGCGGGCGAAUACGGUUCUAGCCGCACUACGGGUGCGGGCGAGUACGGCACUGGCCGCACUGCGGGACAGACAACUGGCGAGUACGGUAGCAGCACAACCGGUACUGGUGCGGGCGAGUAUGGCUCUAGCCGCACCACAGGUACCGAUGAGUACGGCACUGGCCGCACUGCUGGCCGCGGCGAGUAUGGCUCCUCCGGCGUUUCGGAAGGCACCCAUGGACCCCACAGCAGCCGCCUAGCCAACGCGGCCGACCCCCGCUCGGGCGCCUACGGCUCUUCGGGCGCUGGGGGCCUCGGCUCCUCCGGCCCUGGCCCGGCCUCCAGGACGGCAGGCCCACACAAGAGCGACCUCGCCAACAAGCUCGACCCACGAGUCGACUCGGACCUCGAUAACUCGCGCACCGUGGGCGGCAACAGGACCUAUGAAGGAGUCAACCGGGACCCAACCGACGCAGCGCAGGUGCCGCCGUCGGUGCUGAAGAAGCACGUCGGCGACCCAUCAAUUGAGCACGAUGACGCCGGGCACCAUCGCGAGAGGCGCCACAGCAUCAAGACGCAUCAGGAAAAUUUCCGUGGGGUCUGA